AUGGGAAGGUCCCUAGUGUUUUCUACAAGCAUUCCCCUUAAAUUUUCUCAAAAACCCAGAUCAUUUUCUCUCUUAAAUCACUCAAAACUUUGUGUUCCACAAAGAUUUAGUGAGAAUUCUCAAUGUGGGCAUCAAAGAUUUCAGCCUUUGAGCAUGAAAUUAGCAAGAAAUGUGUGCACGAAGGCUGCUUUAUCUGAGAUUAGCAAUGAAAGGAAGUAUCCUAAAGUGGGUGCUUCAUCAACUGGGCCUAUACCUCCUAGUCAGCUUAUUCAAGUUGUUGAGGCUGCUGCUAAGACUGGUGCUGAGGUAGUGAUGGAUGCCGUUAAUAAGCCUCGAAAUAUCACAUAUAAAGGACUUACAGACUUAGUGACCGACACGGACAAAAUGAGUGAGGCUGCUAUCUUAGAAGUUGUUAGAAGGAAUUUUGGAAAUCACCUCAUUCUUGGGGAGGAGGGAGGAAUCAUAGGAGAUACGUUAUCUGAUUAUCUAUGGUGCAUUGAUCCUCUAGAUGGAACGACGAAUUUUGCUCAUGGUUAUCCUAGCUUUGCAGUUUCAGUGGGAGUUCUGUUUCGAGGAAAUCCUGCAGCUGCUGCUGUGGUGGAGUUUGUUGGUGGUCCUAUGGCUUGGAACACACGCAUAUUUUCUGCAACUGCUGGUGGAGGAGCAUUUUGUAAUGGCCAAAAAAUUCAUGCGAGUCAAACUGAUCAGGUUGAGCAGUCUCUUCUUGUGACUGGCUUUGGAUAUGAACAUGAUGAUCCAUGGGCCACUAACAUGGAACUAUUCAAGGAGUUUACUGAUGUCAGCAGGGGUGUUAGAAGGCUUGGUGCUGCUGCAGUUGACAUGUGCCAUGUAGCUCUUGGGACUGUAGAAGCAUAUUGGGAAUAUCGUCUUAAGCCAUGGGAUAUGGCUGCUGGUGUUCUGAUAGUCGAAGAGGCUGGUGGGACAGCUUCUCGCAUGGAUGGUGGAAAAUUUUGUGUAUUUGAUAGAUCUGUUUUGGUGUCUAACGGUGUGCUGCAUGCCAAGCUUUUGGAGAGGAUUGCACCUGCAACUGAGGAACUGAAAAGCAAAGGAAUUGAUUUCUCAUUGUGGUAUAAACCAGAAAAUUACCGCACGGAUCUUUAA